GUGGUAGUAGGCAAACCUUAUUGUUUACAAAUCUUAAAUUCAUCUUCAAUUCCUCAUUGAGAUCAAGUUAGAGUCAUGGCAACACCAAGAUCACACAAUCCCCAUUUUUUCAAGGUGUUGAUGCAAGGGUUCCAGCAAAAUUUGGUCAUACCACCAGCAUUUGCUAAUGAGCAGAAAGAGCUGAUGAUGAGCAAACAUGAGAAGGAAAUUGCUUUUCUGAGAACUAGGAAGAUUAAUGGGGAUAAUUUAUGGAAAGUUGAAGUGAGUAGAAGAAGAGAUGACGAUGAAUGGUGCUUUGAUGGAGAUAAUUGGAGUGAAUUUGUUGAACAUCAUGACAUGAAAUAUGGAGAAUUUUUAGUAUUUGAACACACUGGAGAUCUGAUUUUCAAUGUUUUCAUUUACGACUAUACUUUUUGCGAGAAAGGGCUCCCACGGACACGGCCACGGCCACAUGCUCAUACUCGUCGUAGUCACAAGCAUGGAAGCAGAGCUGUUGACGAUGAUCUCCAAAGCCGAUCAAACCGUAACAAAAAGCCGCCGAUGCCUACUUGUCUCCCCUGCUUCACCGCAACCAUGACCGCAUCAAACCUAGUUUUUAGCAUCCCUUAUUUGAAUAUCCCGACAGUAUUUGCAAAUAGUAACAAUUUGAGAGAAAGUGCUGGGAGUAUAAUUACCCUCAGAGUCAGAGAUGUUAAGAAAGUAAAAGGGUGGCCAGUGAAACUUCAAACAUUUUCUGGUGAUCGAAUGUGCCUUAGAGAAGGUUGGAGCGAAUUUGUAGUUUCAAAUCAAUUGAAGUUGGGAGAUGUAUGCUUAAUGGAGUUGGAUCAAACCGCAAGAAUGGAGCAAGAACGUAUUAUCUUAAACGUUCGAAUUUCAAGAAAUGCCACCAGCAGUUAGUGAAAUUCCCAUGUUCAGUAUUCAAAUGAAUGAUUAUCAUCAGCAUGUCACUAGUUGAGUUAAUAUUAGCAGAUCACAUUCAUAUUACACAUGUUAUUUCUAUUUCAUUAAAAUGUCUUAAUUUCUAUGUUAUGAUUUUAUGUUUUUAAUGAUAGAAAUAUAUUUUUUCUAUUAAA